AUGAAAGAUUAUGACCCAGAUGACACGCUAGCUGAUGAGGUGAGUGAUGUUUCCUUUAACCUGGAAGAAAACAAUUCUAUAAUUAUACUGACCUUAAUGGGUAUCUAUCUGGACAGUCAUGUUUAAAUUUGUGAGUAACUAUAACUUGUUACCAUACUAUUAUAUGUUAUUAUUCACAUACUUAAUUUCAUGCAGUAAUGAAGUGCUACUAUCUUAGCUUCUAGGGAAUUAAUCUUGUAUUCGCUGACAGAUAAACAGAUGAACUAGCAAAACUAUACAGUUUUAAAGCCUUGCACUAGCAUCAUUUUCCAACCCCAAGUUUGCCACUUUCUUUUUUCUUUUUUAUUCUUCAAACCAAUGGCUGGCACAUUGUAUAAAUAUUUUAAAUGAAUCCUGUUCAACCACGAAAGAUUGAUUAUUUUCAUCAGUAUUCCAUUUUGUUGGGCAAUACUCCACCAUCUGAGAAAUUAAUAGGAGAUUUGUCGCCUGACGCAGCAGCCUGAGAGGAAAUGGCCAUUUAUUCAACAGGGAUACUUUACAGUUUGGAGAUGAAAAUCCCUCUCACCAAAGAGAAAUGACCAUGGGUGCUUGGCCCGGCCUCCGGCCCAGAGAUCUAGUUACAGAUGCUCAGCGCAUUGACUCUCUGUGCCCAGUGAUCAAUCAUGAUGCUCUCUCCCCCAGCAUAGAGUGUUGCAGGCAGCUCUUUGCCGUAGGAAACCAUGGGGAUAGGGGCACCUUACACUGGCUGCCCUGUAGGGCUUGAAUCAUUUACAAUGUUGCUCUGCUUUGGAGAUUUGUUCUGCCUUCAAAUUGUUGUCCUCAUACUUCAUCAUAGUGCUCCCUAUGCUGCUGUUCUGUUAUUGAUUCCUACUUUCACUCUGGUUGCAUGCAAUGCAAUAGGUUGUCCAUAGCUGCAUCCUGUUUCCUAUGAAGUGCACUUAAUUUGCCUCUGGCCAAAUGUAUUGCACUUUAAAAGGAAAUGGGGCCAUUCCUGUCUCUCACUGGAAGUAUAUACCGGAGAGAUCCUUUAUCUUUAUUCUAUAUGUCUAUGCUACAUAUUCUGCAUUUGUUUACCUUGUGCCACUUUCCACAGUUCUGGAUGGCAUCUCUCUCUCCAGUGCUCCAACAAGUCGGUCUGUGUGUUCCUAUUGGCUAUGUACACUGACGGACAGCCCACAGAGAAUGCUGAAUGGUUCUGUAAGUGGCUGGAGGAGGCAUUCACUGACUUCAGAAAUGGGAAAACCUACCUGAAAGCACUGAGAUAUACAGUGCUUGGCCUGGGCAACUCUGUGUAUGGCAGCUACUACAAUAUGGUAAGAGAUCUGACUGAAUACUGUAUGUCUCCUAUCGAUAUGUUUCCACUAUGUGUGUAGUGCUGCUACUUACACUUAUGAAAUUAUCAGUUUCUUUGCUUAUCUGAUAUACAUUCCUCUUUUGUACACACUAGAAUACUAAGCUCAUUCAAUCGAUUAUCAUUACCACUAUGACUGUUCUCUCCUGUCCAAUAGCUAAUCAUCCACUUUCUCUAGACUCACUGAAAACACAUCAUUCAACCCCUUCUUCCCUCUCCCUUAGGUGAGUAAAAACGUGGACAAGUGGCUGUGGAUGCUGAGCGACAUCCGUGUUCUGUCCAGAGGAGAUGGCAACUGCAACGUAGUGAAGAACCGUAAUUGCAGCGUACAGGCUGACUUCCUGCUCUGGAAGACCAAGUUCCUGAGCUGCCUGCAGGCCCUGGUUGCAGAGCAGAAGAAGGCCUGUAGUGGAAACUAUAAGAUGGGAGGCUCCUGUAAGACCAGGAAUAGGAAGAAACCACAGGAGAAGACAGGACGAACAGGCAUCUCCAGAACAGCUCAACUCUGA